AUGGUGCGACUGAGUUCGGCCGUGGUAAACCUGUUCGUGGGUAUUAUCAUUGGCUUGACGAUAGCCGUGUUUAUCCUGCCCAAUACCAAAACUUCAUUAGAUUACGGUUAUAUUAGAGCAAAUAGGCUUGACAAACCACUACAUCGACAUGAUGCUCAUGACGAUGAAGAGGUAGACGAUAGUGAUUCGCCGAAGGAAGCUUUACAUUUCCAUGGUGGAAACUCUUCAGAUCAUCAUCAUGGUAGGUCUUUGGGAAGAGUGGAGGGAGGGGGAGGGGAUUAAAUCAAAAAAUUUAAUUAUUGAGGGCGCAAAAAAAAAGAAUAGGUUUGUAGUACGAGAUUACCUUGGUUAAGAUAACGAAAAAUACACUAUAUUACACUGUACAUAAUAGCAGAAGUAGGUAAUAAAAUAUAAAAUCAAUAGCAAAUAGUGUUAGUAUGUCAAAUGCAAUAGGAAUUUGAAUACCAUAUUACGAUAGAUAAAUAGUAGCUUGUAAUAGCAAUAUAUUAUGUUUUGCAAAGCGAAAGUACCGGCACUUUUACCAAUCUAAUUCAUAAUGUAAUGGUUAAAAAUGCGAUGCUUCCGGUUUACUUGAGUAGUUAGUUAUACUCUAUAUUGUAUGAUACUUAACUUAAUCGUUGACUUGGGCUAAUCUGUGAAGUACUGUAAGAUAAUCUAUAGGCUCAUUAAGCGGUACUGUACUUACAAUAGGCAAAGUGUUAUAUUAUAGUGUUCACAUAAUUCUGUGCCUUUUAGGCCCGCAAAUUUGCUUUGAAAGGAGGCACAGAAUUACGUGAACAACUUAAUAACUUAAAUUAAUAUUAGUUUUGGUACAAUUACAAAGACUUUAAAGGUUUUUAUGAAAAGUUUUAUAUAAUUACAACACAGUAAAUCUGCAAAAAGUACUUUUCCAAGUACUUGCAGUAUAAUAACUCUACAAAAACACAUAUUUUUGUUUUGUUACAGUACUGUAACAUAAAGAAACAGUACUUUUUAAAAACAAACGUUCUCAAAAGCCACCGAAUCUGUCACACUGAAUCCACCCUCUAAAUAUUGUAGAGUGUAAGACGCUUAACACUUAUUGUACACAUUUUAAUUGUACCGUACUCAGCUAAAGUAAUAGAGGUUUAAUAAGUUAAAGUAGGGAAAUUAAUCAGGAUAAAGUGUAUUUCAUAUUGUCAGCAUUGACAACUUCCUAAUUACUUAAAGCGACAUUAUUUCAAAGUUAUAAGCUGCGUGAUUAUAUUAUAAACGCUGGCGAGAUCUUACGGUUUUAGAGAGAUAUUGAUGUGGGUAUAGAUCAUAAGGUUGAGUAAAGCUUGAUUUUUAAAAAAAAUAUUACAGUAAUCAAAAGUAUAGCUUAUCUGUAGUACUUGAGAAGGUUAAUAAAGGGUUCAUUAAUAGCUUUAAAGCUCGUACUAGACUUGUACAACAUAUAUAAGCCCUAACCCUUACAGGAGAAGGUCAGCUAGCCCAAGAGAUCUCGAGUCGCGUCCGCAUCUUCUGCUGGAUUCUCACGGGCAAACAGAAUCACGACAAACGUGCCAAACAUGUCAAAGCGACGUGGGCUCGUCGCUGUAACAAAUUCGUGUUCAUGUCAUCAGCUGAGGACCCGGACCUACCUUCGAUUAAUCUCAACAUUUCCGAGGGCCGUGACCACUUAUGGGCCAAGACCAAAGCCGCUUUCAAAUACAUCCAUGACAAACACAUUGUAAGUCAAACAUGUACUCGUGACUUUUGUAAGUCAAGGUUUAUGAUUAUAUCAUAUUGACAUUGGGAAAUUGUUGGCAAUCUUCCGGGAUUGGGCUAAAAAUAUUUUAGAUGAUUGUGAGUAGUGCUGAGAGGGGUAGAUUUUUAAAAAAAGUUAAAAAGUCAUAAUAAAAAUUUUUUUGAUAAAGAAUUUAAAACUUUUUAAAAAUUAUUGUUGUUUGGCUCAGAACUUUCUGGACAACGUAGUAGCUAUAAAAAAGCUGUAAGACAACAUUGUAUAAAUGACCAAACACUAAAGGAUGACUUAGAUAAAUAUUAUAGAUAUUGUAAACUCUAGAUUUAAAAAAAUAUCAUAAAUUUUUUGUUUAAAAGGGCAAUAAAUACAAAUAACAGACAUAUACAUCAUAGUGUAAAGGGUAAUAUGUAGAACAAGAUUUAGGUUUUUGUUUAAUAGGGAGUCACAUUAAUGCAAGGGCAUACUGUACGGUGCAACUAAGCUCAUGGUUAAAAAGUUUAAAAAAUGAUGCAAUAGUACGUACUGUAUUUUUAGUACGGCGUAAUGUAAAUUUAGCACGGCGUACUAUACUUACAGUCAAGCGUUUUAUACUUUCUGUAUAACAUACUGUACUUUUAAUAAAGCGUACUGUACUUUCAGUGCAGCGUACUGUAAUUUCAUUACAAUACAAUGUACUUUCAAUACAGUAAAAUGUUAUGCCAAACCUUUUAUUACAGUUCAAAAGCAGUACAACUUACUCUCCUUAUCUAUGUUAAAUAAAGUUAAAUGUCAUACCUCACUAUCCACCUUCAAUGACAUCUUACUAAACCUCUUUAUCAUCAAAAGACCAUUCAUAAUAAGCACUACUAAUCCCGGAGCGCAAAAAGCACGACCCUAUAUUGUAAUGGCAUCGAAUUUAAAUUCGGAAGCCAGCCCAAACUUUUUGUCCGGAUUUGGUCAUUUAACGUCAUCUGGAGUCAAAGGGGGGGGGGAGAUUAAUUUACCAAAAGAAUAUGUUGAAAUUAAUAAAAACUUUUUGACGCAACAGUACUUAAACUGCCAUUUCAGGAUGAAUACGAUUGGUUUCUUAAGGCCGACGACGAUACCUACGUCAUCAUGGAGAACCUGAGGUGAGUGAACAUCAUAAUGGGCCUGAUAAACCUUAUCAUAUUGACGCAUCCGCAAAAUAAGGGAGCGGAAUGGGUGGGGUAAAUAUUAUGGGAAGGGCUAGGGUAAUAAACAAAAAAUUUGGGCUAGAGCAUGAAAGGUAACAUAGAUCUUGCUUUGGAAUUACGAAAUAGGAUAUAUGUUACAAAAAAGGUCGAUGAAAUGUAGAAAAGAGGUAGAACAGGCAAAUAAAAUGAGUAAAAUAUAGGUGAGGUCUGAUAUAAAUAUGAUAGUGUGUUGACGCAGAAUCAGCUGGAAUGUUCAUAAGUAUGGCUAAGACUUUAAAAUAAAAGAUUUCGUUCGUAUUUCGUACCGUAUACGGAUAAAAGAAACAUGUAGAAGACGAUGUUACGUAAACGAAUCAGUGCUGUCUUUGUGGCUAACAAACAACAACAAAGUAUUGUAAAUAAGAGUAAAGUACAGUUCAACAGACUUUAUGCUUAUUGUUAUCGUUAAAUUAUAAACUUUAGAUAGGAUAGGGUAGGGUAGAAUAGGGUAGGGUAGGGUAGGGUAGGGUAGGGUAGGGUAGGGUAGGGUAGGGCAGGGUAGGGUAGGGUAGGGUAGGGUAGGGUAGGGUAGGGUAGGGUAGGGUAGGGUAGGGUAGGGUAGGGUAGGGUAGGGUAGGGUAGGGUAGGGUAGGGUAGGGUAGGGUAGGGUAGGGUAGGGUAGGGUAGGGUAGGGUAGAGUAGGAUAGGGUAGGGUAGGGUAGGAUACGGUAGGGUAGAGUAGAAUAGGGUAGGGUAGGUUUUGGCAAAAAACCUGGCUUUUAUUAAACAUACAGUAAAAUACAGUAACUGUUCCUAAAGUUUAACUCUUCCAGGUUCAUGUUAAUGGCCCACAAGCCAGAGGAACCAGUCUUCUUUGGCUGCAAAUUCAAGCCCUUCACGAAGCAAGGCUACAUGAGUGGAGGUGCUGGUUAUGUACUGUCGCGAGAAGCCUUGAAGACAUUUGUUGCUAAGGCCCUGCCUGAUAAGAAGAAGUGUUCUCCAUCGGAAAGUGGAGCUGAAGAUGCUGAAAUGGGUAAAUGUUUGGAGAAGGUUGGAGUACGGGCGGGAGAUUCUCGGGAUUCUGAGGGUCACCAUAGGUUCUUGCCUUUUGUACCUGAACAUCAUUUGGUACCUGGACAUGUUGAUCCAGGGUUUUGGUUCUGGCAGUACAUCUACUAUCCUAUGGAUCAGGUAAGCAUUAUGUAUUUGUACUAUGGUACUGUAAUGGGUUCUUUAGUACUGUAACAAAGCUUUUAUGUAAUUUGCGUUAAAAGUUGUAAAGCAGAUCUUCUUUUACUAUCUAGUAUUACUUUAAUGAGCGUGGAUGUUAGUUAUUGAUAAAAAGCAAUGAAAGUCACAAUAUAACGUAUAUUAAGGUAAAAUACGAGACUUGCUGGUAAUUCUUAUUAUUUUGCUCUACAAACAGUUUACAAUGUACCAAAAAUAGUAUUUGGCAUUCUAAUUGUAAAGAUAUAUAUUUAUACUACAGUAGUGCACAGUUUAAGCUGCUUUGGCCUGUAAUGUUUGAUGCGGAUGUUAAUGUUGAUUGCUGCAUCAACUGGGGUUUAAGAAACAGAGAAAUUACUUUAAUGGUUACAAAGUUUUUGAAGAAAUAAAGAAAAUUUUAAGAAUUUUAAAAAUAUUACAGUAACCUUAGCAAGGUAGAUGCUCAAAGCGUUUUACACGCUUUGGUUAUAGCUUGAGCUUGAGAUGUACAGAUACAGUUAGAUACUGUGUACUACAAUAAACAAUGUUUUACUUUAUCAUAGAUAAAUGUACAUUUAAAACCCUAAAAUCUACUUAACUUGUAAACAUAUAGUCUUUGACAUAAACCCUCUUAGUUGUUACGAAAAUGACAUCAACAUUACAGUACAAAGAGUGACAUCAAUAUACUAUUGCAGUAGUCCAACUCAAAGUACAGUAAAAAAACCGCGUUUACAAGUCGAAAACAAUUCUAUUAUUAGAUAUACGCUAGCUGCGUCAUUCCGUUUAACCAUUUUGCACAUCGAAUUUACAGCCUUAGGUUUUAAAUAUCGGAGUUUUAGAGAUUAAACCAGCUUGGCCGAGAUUACAAUGACGUUUUUGCAAAAUAUACGCUAUACGGUACAUGCUAUACGUUAGAGCGUUUUGAAAUUAUUUUAUGGUUACUGUAGAAUAGAGGUUUUGCUGAAGAAGGGAGAGGGAGUGUCGAUAACAAAAAUUAAAAAUAUUUUUUAAAAUUUAAAAAAAAAAUUUUCAAAAACUAAAAAAAAGAAAAUUAUUGUAUUUUUAAGAAUAAUAAUGAAAAUGAAACAAGCCAGACCAUAGGGGGCCCGAAGGGCCCCCGUUGGUUUGGUUAUGCUUUAAUGACAAAAAAAUUCGUAUUUUACCGCAAUUCAACAUCAUUUCAGGGACCAGGCUGCUGUUCCGACUACGCCAUAUCCUUCCACUACGUAUCACCGGCCCUUAUGUACGUACUCGAGUACCUAGUAUACCAUCUCCGACCAUUCGGUCUUGAUGCCACUACCGUACAGGCCUUUGGUCCUAAGGAAAUGCCAUUACUAGAUAAGGCAUACCUAAUGUCGAUUCAGAGUAUGGGUGGUGACGAUGUCUUCAAGAAGACUGAAGCCGAUCUGAAAUCACUGAUUCCAACGCCUGCGGCCAACAAACUCGAAGUUCUUGAGGUUAAGGCCAAAAACAAAACGAUAGCAAAAUGA